UUAUCGUUUCUCUCCUUUCAUUUUGACACAAGUACCAAUUCAUUGACUCGAUAUAUAGAGCGCGGGCGAGACAAUGGGCAAUACAGAGAGUAACGUGACAAGUGGCGUGAAGAAGCAAACGGAUGCCUCGUCGAUUUUAUUGUACAAACUCGUCGAUUUAAAAGGGGGUGGACUGCUGGUCGACAUGAUGAAACGUGCCUCGCAAACGAAACAAUACGCCGAGCUGGAUCACGCCAUCAGGACGAAAGUCGAGCCUUACCUGUACAAUAAAGGAAAAGGAAAGUGGAUACCCAUAUGCAAAAUCGUGCUAAUGAGAAACAAAGAGAGAGCUAGACACAAGCUGCUGCCUGAGCUGAGAAAUAUGGAAAAGCCCGAGGAUAAAAUUGCAACAAAUAUAAUUUUUCCAAAAAUAUACGUUAUCAAAAUAUACAACAACCGACGAGUAAAUUAUACCUCAGACAAGAGCAAGUACCGUCUGGUAUGCUGGCGCCUGAAUCAGCGCGGCGCCGUGGGCGAGACGAUCCUCCACCUGUGCAUGCUGCACGCCACCGCCAUCCACGCGGACCUGGCCAAGCGCCUGCUGCGCUUCUAUCCCAAGCUCAUCAACGACAUCUACAUGGACGACGAGUACUACGGCGAGAAUCCGCUGCACAUCGCCAUCGUCAACGAGGACCCGUCCAUGGUCAAGUUCCUCCUCGACAGCGGAGCCGACGUGAACGAGCGAUGCUUCGGCAACUUCAUGUGCCCCGAGGACCAGAAGGCGUCGCGCAACGACAGCGUCGAGCACGAGUGGGUCUGCGUGCAGCCCGAGACCAAUUACGACGGUUACGUGUACUGGGGUGAAUAUCCGUUAAGCUUCGCCGCCUGCCUGGGCCAGGAGGAAUGCUACCGUCUCAUACUGGCCAGAGGCGCGGAUCCCGAUAAGCAGGACACGAACGGCAACACCGUUCUCCACAUGCUUGUCAUUUAUCAAAAGCUCUCGACGUUCGACAUGGCGUACGAGGUGGGCUCGUCGCUGUCGGUGGCCAACGUGCUGCACCUGACGCCGCUCAAGCUCGCCGCCAAGCUCGCCCGCAUCGAGAUGUUCUUUCACAUACUCAACAUCGAGCGCGAGAUCUACUGGCAGAUCGGCAGCAUCACCUGCGCGGCCUAUCCGCUGUCGCAGAUCGACACGAUCGACGUCGAUACCGGCCAGAUCGUCAAGAACUCGGCGCUCAAUCUGGUCGUUUUCGGAGACAAAGACGAGCACUUGGAGUUGAUGGACGGCGUACUGAUCGAUCUGCUCAACGCCAAAUGGAACACCUUCGUCAAGUCGCGAUUCUAUCGGCAAUUCUACCUGUUCUGCUGCUACUUCUUGCUCUCGGCGGUGAGCUUCGUUCUGCGACCGGGCCCCGACGAGGAGCCCCAACAGACGUCCGGCAACGACACCACAACAUCCUCGUCGACCGAGCCGGCCAUGGAUGAUCAGCCGCUCGAAGUCACUCUGUCGUCUCUGCUGGUUAAAAAUCUCGCCGAUCAAUUGGCCUCGAGUCUGAAAUUGUCGGAUCUGGAAGCGAUCAACGCCAGUGGUGGUGGUGGUAGUAGCGACAACGACUCGAUGUUGCUCGAGCGGAUCUCGUCGCUGGUCGCGGCCAACUUGAGCGAGGCCAUCAAGGACCUUUGGCUGAGGCAAAAUUCAACCAUGACGGCAAUGAGCGGUACGGAGCUGAUGUUUAACGACGCAGCAGCCGCCGCGAGCAAUUCUACUCGUGAUUUUUACGACGAUUCGAGCUUAAGUAGUUUAGAUUCGAACGGCUCGCUGAUAUGGAAGCGAGCGAAACAACAAGACGAUAAAGACGAUUGGUGGGACCGGUUGACGAACGGCGAGUGCCGACUGAUGAACAUGAGCGAGCCCAUCGCCAAGGUGCGCAUAAUCGCCGAGAUCGCGACCGAGAUCGGCGCCAUACUCUACAUCCUGGCGGCUCUGCGCGAGGCCCGCUUCCUCGGCCUCAGCAUGUUCGUGGAGAAUCUCAUGACCGCCCCUUCCCGCGUCAUGUUUCUCAUCUCGUGCUCGAUCCUGCUGAGCUUCCCCUUGCUGCGCUUCGACUGCGCCGACGAGCUCGAGGACAAGCUCGCCGUCGUGGUGAUGCUCACCACGGCGCCCUACUUCCUCUUCUUCUGCCGGGGCUUCAAGAGCGUCGGGCCCUUCGUCGUGAUGAUCUAUCGCAUGAUCAUGGGCGAUCUGCUGCGCUUCGUCUCCAUCUAUCUCGUCUUCGUGAUGGGCUUCUCGCAAGCGUACUACAUCAUCUUUCUGUCGUUCGACAAUCCCGUGACGCCCGAGGGCGUCGACGACACCAAAGCCAAUCCCAUGCCCUCGGCGAUGGAGUCGAUAAUGGCCAUGUUUCUGAUGAGCAUGACGAAUUUCGGCGACUAUUACGACGCCUUCGAGAACACCGAGCACGAGAUAGAGGCCAAGUUGCUGUUCGUCGUUUACAUGGCGAUCGUGGCCAUACUGCUGGUCAACAUGUUGAUCGCCAUGAUGGGCAACACUUAUCAGAAGAUCGCCGAGACCCGCAACGAGUGGCAGAGGCAGUGGGCGCGAAUCGUUCUCGUGGUCGAGCGAGGCGUGGCGCCGGCCGAGCGUCUGAAAAAGCUCAACGAUUACUCCCAGCCCAUGUCCGACGGGCGCAAAGCUCUCGUGCUGAGAUUGAGCCAGAGCGAGGAGGACAAGGAGGAGAUGAAGGAGAUACUCGAGAUGAAGAGGGUGCACGAGAAAAUGGUCAAGAGGCGGAAGGACAAGCUGCAGGCGGAAAAGGAAUUGGCCGAGAAAAAGAAGCAGCAACAGCAACAGCAGAUAAAGGACGCGAAAGCUUAGACGCUGCGCAGG